CAUCUAUUUCACGUCCAGUCGCGGAUGAGUUCACAUCGAUUGCGCGCCGUGUCGCGAUUUGAGUUGUCGUCGGGGUGUUGUCGUUUGCGAGUCUCGUGAAGAUUGAUAAGUUCAAGUGCUCUAGAAAGUUGAACGGUACAUCGACUUUUGUGAUGUUAUUGAUUUCGGACUGAAUGAGCUGAUUCUAUAGCGAGAUAAUCGCCUGAUAUUGAUGUGUAGCCAAACUGAUGAAUUUCGCGCAUUGAUUAAACUGUAGAUGAUUACGCCAAGUCAGUGAAAGACCGUGCGCUACGAAGUCGACCACUUGGGAUGGUAGAACUGUGACCGGUAGACGUGUUUGGAGAAGUGGUGUUUUUGUUUUGUGUUGGUGGUGUAUUAUGCAAGCUGGAGAAGGUUUUCCGCGAGUCGUUAGCUUGUAAAUAGUGAACACAAAUACGGAAGAAUAGUGUAGUCUGAUGUUUUGAAGGUGUUGAGAUAAACUUCCAAAACCUUGUACCGCUUUAGUCUUUGGUUUAAACACCUUUUUUUUGUGACGUGAGUAGCUACAAAAAAACUGUUUUAUGAAACUACCGGUAGAACGCGUUACGAAAGUAAUGAAUCUCGAGGAACCUGCUUUCGCGGAUAAUUACAUACAAGAAUUCGUGCUGGAGCAUCUGGAUGACACGAACGUUAAGCGGGAAGACAUUAGUCCUACUGCCGGAAAUGGAAAGAUCUGGGCAACGGCAGGGGACGAAAAUGGAUUCAUUCCGAUACGGUUGAAAGCGAACGGCACAACAUGGCAUGUGGAGGAACGUAAAGUCAGUUCCAUCACUCCAAAUUCGGAUUUUUAUCCACAUCCCACCCACGGACAGCCGGUCUUGUUGAAUCCUCCGAUCGCCGGCGUUCCUUCAACACCGCCAGAAACACCUCCAGUUGUUGGAUCGCCUAAUCAUACCAACUCUGCCCCCUAUCCGUACUAUGGUAAUCGCAUCCAGCCGGAUCAAAUGGAAAACAUGAUGAUCGUGCCGCAAACUAUGCGAAUGGAACAACCUUUGGAUCUUCGACCAUCUCACCAGUUUUCGCUAUCGGAAGGUGACUGGAUGGAACGCAAGGAAUACAUGCAAGCCCAUGCAGCCAGUGGAUACUCGCACCACCAUCAUGCUCAACUCGAUCACCUCAACCCGAUACACGGUGGUUCCCAUCAUCAUCUCCAUCUCCACGGACAUUCGAACCGACCACAUUCCGUUAGUUCUAUGGGAUCAGCUUCAUCGCCCAGAAAUGGUAAUAGUACCGGUAGCUGUUACGCUCACGGUAGUAGCGAUGACCUUAUCAACGAUGAUAUGCUCAUGUCGCUUUCGGUACGGGAGCUCAACAAGCGACUGCACGGAUGUCCACGUGAUCAAGUGGUUCGCUUAAAACAGAAACGACGCACACUGAAGAAUCGCGGUUACGCACAAAACUGUCGCUCCAAACGACUUCAACAGCGUCACGAUCUGGAAAUUACAAACCGCCAGUUGCAAAGUGAGAUGCAUCAUAUGAAGAUGGAGUUGUCAAGGAUUAAACAGGAGAGAGACGAGCUCAAAAGCAAACUUCGUGACCACGCAGCAUUGGCGGCCGCAGCAGCAGCACAUCAACACUCGCAACAACCACAGCCGCAACAAGUGCCACACCAGCACCAAUCAUCCCGUCAACCGAAUGGGACAGUACCUUCAACAAAACAACAACUGCUCACCGAUAGCACCAGCACACCCGAGUACUACGUAUGACGCCAGAUAGGAGGCCAACAACCGUGGAUCGGACGUUACGCUUCCUAAUGCUGCAGGUACAUCCCUAAAUCGAAGGUCGUUACGAAAAUGUUUUGGAUGACGAGAAUGCUACUUUGUUGGAUGGUUAUGUAAAUAUAAAAGCAAAGACUGGUUCUGUGCGGGGCGCAAUGUUACUAUUUCGAGAGACUUAAGAUUGAGGCAUUGUAGGCACCUCCCUUCAGGUGAGGUGACAGUUAAAUGGCAGCAGCUCCUUAUACGAAACUUGUAAUUUCACUCAAGGACUAUAAUCGUAAAAGAUGAACAAUGUGAAUUGUGAACUUGACACUUCAAACAAGAUGCCAAAUUUAUGUUGAAGCAAUAAUUUGUUACAAUAUGUUUCCUAGAAAGAGUAUAAUCAAAGAUUUUAUUA